GAGACACGUUACGCCGCAAGAAGGCCGGUGGGCAGGGCAAGGCCCAUUCCGAACAGCGCUAGCCAUCGCACUUCAGGGAAACAUCAUGUACCCACCGGCGGUGGCCUUAUUCAUUCGCAUCUCCGCGGAACGGCGAAAAUUCCGAGCAGCUUUGAUGCGACCGAGCCGCAGACCAGCAUUUAAUGUCUUCUAAACAAAACGGAACAAAAAUUAAAAAAAUGUUCUCCUCUCGAUCGUCUUCCUUUCCUUUUUGAAUACUACUAUUUGUUCUUCUACCGUCUAUAAGAUUAAUUAAUUAGUUAGUUGACUAAUAAUUCGUGAAGCUUCUCUUUGUUUCCCUCUCUCUUCCCUUUCUUCUUCCCCACUCUUCUCUUUUCGUUAUAUUUCUUCUCCUCUCUCUCGUUCUGGUUAUGUGGUGGUGUUCCGGCGGAGAUGGCAUCUUCGUGGUGGCAGUUGGAUUCGCUGAUCCGCUGGGUGACGACGAACUAUGCGGAACCGUUGGAUGCGGUGCAGAGAACGGUGAGGAUCGCCUACGUCGUCUUCGCCUUCUGCGCCGCCCUCUUCCUCGGUGCUCUCAAAGCUCUGGUGGUAGGACCCAUCGCGGCGCUGCUGCUGAUAAUCGGGAACGUUGGGGUGAUUCUCGGCCUCUUCCCGGCUCACGUCGCCUGGACCAUCUACUCCCUUCUUAAGACUAAUUGUAUCAAUGCAGCUCUUAAAUUUGCAUUUCUUUUUGCUCUGCCUGUAUUGUUUGCCCUCUGGUUGGCCUUGAGCAUCUUUGGGAGUGGCCUGGUUGGAGUUGGUUUUGGGUUCUUCACACCAUGGGUGUCAACUUUUGAAGCCUUCCGACAGAACAGUGAAACAAAGAAGUUCCUUCACUGCAUUGUGGAUGGAACAUGGGGAACCAUAAAAGGGAGCUGCACAGUGGUCAGAGACUUUGCAGAUUUUUGCUACCACUCAUACCCACUCUACUUAAAAGAGUUACGUGAAAGCACCCAUGAUUAUCAACCACAUUCAAUCAGGCUGGUGGAGGUGCCUUCAUGUAUUGUUGUGGGCUUGAUGGGCUUAAUUGUGGAUAUACCACUUUACACUGUUAUUGCAGUAAUAAAGAGUCCAUAUAUGCUUUUCAAAGGCUGGCAGAGGUUGCUACAAGACCUGAUUAGUCGAGAAGGCCCAUUUCUUGAAACAGCUUGUGUGCCAAUUGCUGGUCUGGCCAUCCUUCUCUGGCCACUUGUUGUUGUAGGGAGUAUCCUAUUGGCUAUCGUCUCAAGCAUCUUCAUUGGGCUCUACGGAUCAGUUAUUGUGUACCAGGAGAGAUCUUUCCGAAGGGGAGUUGCUUUUGUCAUCACAAUGGUUGCAGAGUUUGAUGAGUACACUAAUGAUUGGCUCUAUCUGAGAGAAGGGUCUAUCCUCCCAAAGCCUGAGUACCGAAAGAGGAAAGUUUCGCACUCAACGGAGUUUUCUGUUGGGUCCAGUACUGCCAGAGGAGUUAAGAUUGGUUCUGGUUCUUCAGAUGCACCUGCAAUGUUGGUUCCAAACCUGGCUCCUUCAAGAUCUGUGAGGGAGGCAAUACAAGAAGUGAAAAUGGUGCAGAUAUGGGAGGAUUUAAUGAAGGCCUGUGAGAUGAGGGGCAAGGAACUUGUAGAUGCAAAUAUUAUAACAUCAGUUGAUCUAAAUGAGUGGUUAAGAACAAAGGGUAGCAACCAAGAAACCGUUGGCCUUGGCCUACCUUCUUAUGCUUUUUUACACAGUCUUCUUUACUCUAUAAAGGCUGGGUCAGGUGGAUUCUUGCUAAGUUGUGGCAUUGAAGUUACCCAGCUAAACCGUCCACAAGAUCGGCUAUUAGAUUGGUUCUUCCAUCCUGUGAUGGUUUUGAAAGAGCAAAUUAGGGUCAUAAAAAUGAGAGAAGAUGAAGUGAGGUUCUUGGAGAAGCUAGUUCUCUUCAUUGGUAAUAUUCCAAGUAUUGACACUUGGGACAAUGGCUCUGUGGCUCCUCAAGAUGCUCUCAGAUCUGCCCAAAUUCAGGCCAUUAGCAGAAGGUACCUGGAGGGCCGAUAAAAAGGUACAGUUUGUGAUACAAGCUAUGAAUGGCAAACAUGCAGAAAAGGUUUGUGAAAUUCAGAAAAUAAGAGGCAAGAAUAGAAUGAUAACCUUUCUGGAACUGUACCAAUAUUCCAGCUUUUUUUACUAGAAUCAACGUGAGAGUUUUUUUUCAAGUGUUUCCCAAUGAGUUCCUGUUUCUCAUUGAAAAAAGAAGUGAAUUUUCCAUUAACCUACAGAAAUACAAUUCCCAAGAACACUUAAUGAAGGGAAAAGACAUCUCUCCCCUCUCCCCACCUCUAAAAGGGCCCCAUUUUUUAAUAUU